ACGCAUCUUUUAAAUUAUUUUGUUUCAUGUCGAGAUUAGGAGAAACAACAGCGCGUUAAGCAAUAAUAAUUCAAUCGGGGGGAGGGGGAAAAAACGUCAUGUGAUCAACAGUGGCCAAUCACCAGGAGACUAGCGCGACGAAAAACUGCUCUUUGUUUGGAUUAUUUUGCCGCUUCUAUCCGAAACCGUUGAGGAAUUACUUGAUAUAUUUCUACGUGGGGGACGCGAAUAAGAUUCACUUUUUUUCCCCCACCCCGUGAAAAUGCACGCCGUGGAUACAUUUUCGCUGGACGAGCUUGAACCGAGUGACAGUCUUUUUCCAGGUUUCGAUCACCACUGCGACUCCGGGUGUAUCUGGUCACGUGACUUCCCCUCCCCCACCCUGCCCCAAAGAAUAGGAGAAGGGCGGACAUGUUGGAGGGAAUGUGUUGCUUUAAAAAAAAAAAAAAAAAAAAAAAAAAAAAGGUAUCGAGUUGGGAGGCCAGAAGAUGUGAAGACAAGUUUUGCUGUAUUUUUUGGAUUAACCAGUCGACAUUUGUCUUUGUUUUAAUCCUUGAUUUGGGGGGUAUAUAUAUAUAUAUAUUUAUAUUUAUAUAUAUAUAUAUAUUUUUUGUUACAAAAUCUAUCAUUCAAAACUUCACGUUUGAUCACAAACUUUCCCCCCCCAACAGCUUUAUAUCUUUUUGUAGUUUUGGUUUUUAAUAUUGCAUGUUUGAGUGACAUUGUUGGUCGUGUGUAACCUUGGAGUGUGUGGGGGGGGGAUGGGCGCAUGUGAUUGGGUAACCAUUGACACGUUCGACGGAAUUGUUGUCGGGUGGUUUUGUCUAGCUUUCCUCCAUUUUGGCGUUUUUGUGAUGUCAAAGUAGCUAUUGAAUAGAAGAUUGUGGUGUUGGUGACGGCAACACAAGCGAAAUGUUUUAUCAGGCGUAAAAUAGAUUAGAACUAGUUCCAAUAUGGUGAUUUUAAAAACUGCUGCGUCAUCCUGUUAUGUGUGCCCACCCUGUCUUUGAAUUACGCUUCUACUUUCAUGAUGAAAGCCGCGUUAAUCGCCACUUUAUUCUUUUUUUGAAACGAUGUCGUGACGCACGUUUGAGUUUUUGCUAGUCUCUUUGUUCGCAGUGUUCGACGGUAUUUGGUCCUUUUGUGUCUUUUAACUUCUACAAAACACGGCUGCCGAUGCAGUUUCGGUUCGCUUGUGACACGCAGAGUUUGUUUGAAGGUGUCUUUGGAAAGUUUAAUUGGGAUACCUGAGCGUAAUUCGAUGAUUUAACCUGUCGUCGUCGUGCUUAAAGAUGGCGACCGGCGCCCCUCAGCGACUGAUCUUCUGGUAAGUGGGGAGAGGCCCGAAGCUCUUUGAUUUGCUCGUCAUCCCGCGGCUUGACCAAUAGUAUUGCAGAUGAACGCACUGAAAGCCCGCGUAGCUUGCGCCUUGGCCAAUCGCAGCCUUCGUUGACGUAAUUUUAAGACCUUCAAGUUUAGAGGCGCUUGGAACGUCCUUGCAAAAUGUCCUAGUGCUCUCCUUUUCCAAAGAAGUGUACACAUAAUUUUGAAGAAGAAAACCAAGCAGGAUCGAUUAAACGUUUUUGUGCGACUCGCCCUACAAGUCAAGGAAGUGCUUUGAAUGUUUUCGUCUUCAAAGUCUUCACAAGCCGUUUCAGGGUGCGGUGACGUUGACUGACAACGCGAAGAGCCAAUCGCGACUCAAAGGGCGGGGACGUUUUCAGCACGCGUGGCCAAUAGGGUGCGUCGUGGGCCUAUAAAGGAGCUGCCGUAACUAGUCAAGCGCCAUUUCCACGAAGCGGGAGGAGGGUCACGUCGCCACUGGAGGGAGUCGAUACAGAGGAGGGGAAAAAAAACAAAACAAAAAAAACGGGAAGCGGCACGGAACCGGAUGCUGGUUCGAGUGUAACAAAACCCAAUCCGGAUCCAUCCUGAUGGAUAUGGCCAUUAACCCGCUGAUUGACAGCUCCCACGGUGGGCUAGAUGUUGGCCUAAUGGGGCUCACGGCACUGGACCAAGGUUCCAGCACAGCUGGAAAAAGGAUCCGGAAACCGUCCCUGCUCUACGAGGGCUUUGAAAGCCCCGGGAUGCCCCCCCACAGCCAGAACGCGGCCCCUGGCCUCCCACAGUCCCUGGUAAAAGACUCUGGCCGACGGGGUAAGAUGACCAACCAGCUGCAGUUCCUGCAGAAGGUCUUGCUCAAGUCGUUGUGGCGUCACCACUUUGCUUGGCCCUUCCAUGAGCCCGUGGACGCCGCUAAGCUCAACUUGCCCGAUUAUCACAAGAUCAUCAAGAUCCCGAUGGACUUGGGCACCAUCAAGAGGAGGCUAGAGAGUAACUACUACUACAGCGCCAGUGAAUGCAUGCAGGACUUCAACACCAUGUUUACCAACUGCUACAUUUACAACAAGCCGUCUGAUGACAUCGUUUUGAUGGCCCAAUCCCUGGAGAAAGCCUUUCUGCAGAAGGUGGCUCAGAUGCCCCCCGAGGAGGUGGAUCUGAGCCCCCCCCCUCCGCGCAGCCGAACGACCAAAUUGGGCAAGAGGGGCCGAGGAAUUACGGUCUCCGGAGGCAUCACCACCGCCCACCAGGUGCCCGCUGUUUCCCAGUCGGCUUACUCGCCGCCCACCCCGGAGACCCCCGAAUCUAUCCUCUCCGUGCUGCCGCAGACCAUCGUGGCCAAGAGUCUGGCCCUCACUCUGCCCAACGAGCACGGCAUCCCGACCAUGACCGGCCUGCCUCCCACGCAGCCCACCACCAAGAAAAAAGGCGUGAAGAGGAAAGCUGACACAACCACCCCGACGACGGUGGCCAUGCCCAUCAUGACCUCCAUGGGCGUGAGCGGCAUGGGCUUGGGUCUGGGCAGAGGGCACGACUCCCCGCUCAACCUCACCGCGCUCGGGGUGGAGCACGACUCCGGCCUGAGCCUCGGCCAAGGUCUGGGCCUGAGCCAGGGCCUGAGCCUCGGUCUGGGUCUGGGUCUGGGUCUCAACCAGGGACUGGGCAUGAACGCGGACCACGGGCAGGUCAUGCUGGGCGGCAAAGCGCCCGGCGGGUGCAGGAGAGGUGUGAGCGGGCGUCCUAUCAAGCCCCCCAAGAAGGACUUGCCCGACUCCAUCUUGCCGACCCCGGUGCGUCGCAGCAAGCUGACGCCGCAGCUGCGCUAUUGCAGCGGCGUCCUGAAGGAACUUCUAUCCAAGAAGCACGCCGCCUACGCCUGGCCCUUCUACAAGCCCGUGGACGCUUCCUCGCUGGGUCUCCACGACUACCAUGACAUCAUCAAGCAGCCCAUGGACCUCAGCACUAUCAAGAGGAAGAUGGACAGCAGAGAGUACGUUGACGCUCAGCAGUUCUCGGCGGACGUCAGGCUGAUGUUCUCCAACUGCUACAAGUACAACCCCCCCGAUCACGACGUGGUGGCCAUGGCGCGGAAGCUCCAGGACGUGUUCGAGUUCUGCUUUGCCAAGAUGCCCGACGAGCAGCCGGCGGCCCCGAGCUCGUCGUCGUCCUCGUCGUCCUCGUCCUCCUCUUCGUCCGAGAGCGAGCUGAGCAGUGAGGAGAGCGAGAGCGAGAGCAGCCCCAGCUCGGACUCGGAGGAGGAGCGGGCCAACCGCCUGGCUGAGCUGCAGGAGCAGCUGAAAGCCGUCCACGAGCAGCUCACGGCCCUCUCUCAGGGCCCCAUCGUGAAACCCAAGAAGAAGAAAGAAAAGAAGGACAAGAAGAAGAAGAGGAGGAAAAGCGAGAAGCAUCAGAAGAUCGAAGAAGAGCUGCUCCCCAUCCGGCCGACCAAACCGCCCAAAGCUCCCAAAACGCCAAAAAGCAAGAGCAACAAGGCGAUGGGCAUGAUGCCAAUCAAGAAGGCCACCAGCAAGAAAAACAACAAGAGCAAGUCCAAAAAGGGAGGCAUGAUGUUCAGCAUGCCGCCAGCCGUCGCGGAGCCCAUAAUCCCUCACUUUGACUCCGACGAGGAGGAGGAGACGGCGCCCAUGUCGUACGACGAAAAGCGCCAGCUCAGCCUGGACAUCAACAAGCUGCCCGGUGAGAAGUUGGGCCGCGUGGUCUAUAUCAUCCAGUCGCGAGAGCCCUCCCUCCGAGACACCAACCCCGAGGAGAUUGAGAUCGACUUCGAGACGCUCAAGCCGUCCACGCUGCGAGAGCUUGAGCGUUACGUCAUGACGUGCCUGAGGAAGAAGCCGCGGAAGCCUUACGCCAUCAAGAACAGCGCUGGAAAGUCACGUGAGGAGUUGGCGCUGGAGAAACAACUCGAGCUGGAGAGAAGGCUGAUGGAUGUCAGCGGGCAGCUCAACUCUGGGAAGAAGCCCACCAAAGCCAAGCUGGAGAAACCAACCACCGAGUCGAGCGCUCAGCCGUCACGCCUCAGCGCCAGCAGCUCCUCCUCGGACUCGUCCUCAUCUUCCUCAUCCUCGUCAUCCUCCGACACCAGCGAGUCCGACUCUGGCUGAGAUGCAGACAACCCCCCCCCCCUCCGUUUUUUUUUUUUUUAAAUUUUAAUUUUAAUGUUUAUUUUUCUAAUUUUUUUUAAACGGGGUCUGUUCUGUGACCCCCCCCGCCCCGGUGCGCCACUCCCCGUCGGACCGGACCAGAACGGGCGGUCCGGCCGAGAGAGGCGGCGCCUUCCCUGGGCCGCGUGAGGGAGGCCGAGGGCGACUCGUUUCGGGUCCGGGAAUAUGGCCGAGCUAGGCAGGCUUCAUCGGGGGGAAAUGCGUUGCAUGUGUCUGGGGGGAGUUUGGGUGCUAGAACCAGAGUCCAAGUUUAACUUCUGGAGAUUAUUUUCCCUUCUUACUGUGCUCGCUGUCUUGACGGUGUGUGUAGAUGUUCUGUACAGUUAUAGAACUCUUUUUCUUUUAUAAAGAAGCAUUUUACUUCUUCCCCCUGUGGGAACCGUCAACUUUGUGUGUAUUGGCUUUUCAAAGACAAACGUGUGCGUGCGGCCUGCUGAAGUUCAAUAGUUUUGACGCAGGCGUUGAAAAGUGGGCGCGUACUCGCACGUGGCGUGGCGCUCCACCCGUGUGAAGUGUUUUGAUUAAGUCGAAAGUUGAUUUCGGCUACCUACUGUUUUUGUUUUCCCCUCCUUUCCACCGUUACUCUGUACACUCGUUUGCUCCUAGUGACCAAUUUGCUAAUAAAAACAAAAGCUGCGAGGGCAUCUGUGUGACAUCGUUUGUGCGAUCCUCUUGUUUUGCCACCGAAGCAGCUGCCCGUGAUGCAUCACUCCGACGCUGCAAACCAACCAGUGCGCUUGAUCCGCUCGCCCCGUGACCCUCGUGAGGGAGAGCUAUAUGGAAAAUGGAUGGAAUCUUCAGGAUAGUGGACCAGAUUUAGCCUUGAGCCCAAAAUAAGGAUGAAACAUUGUAGAGCUUGCCGAUAAGAGCUCUACGAUAAAAUCUCGGGAUAGAAAGACAAGUCAACGUAGUAUAUAACUUUGUUAAAUUUGCAUUGGCAAGUUGACAUGUUCAUUCACAAGAUUAGGUUUUGUUUACAGUGACUCAUUUAAUGAGAUGAAUUAAUGAGUGUUGUGUUAAGGAGUGAUACACAACGGAAUUGACUGAACAAAUACACGGGCAUGAUGUUUUCGGAACGUUUUAUUUCAUUCAUUUUAACGUUUGGUAUAAAAUGUAUCAUUUUUGGGGUGUGACCAAAAAUAAACAAGGGUUUGAAAUUUUC